GGAAGCAGAGAACCUUCAGUGGUGUUUGACAAAUAAAGGUUACUUGCUGGUUAGUGAUUCCUUUUCACAUGACCAUAAAAAAAUAUUUGGUUUUGGGCUGUGCUUGAAACCCAACACCUUGUCACUCUAUUUGUAGUAAGAUGUAACCUAUUUAUUUAUAGAAUUAACAAAUCAAAAUAGAACAUUCUGAACUUCAUUCAAGACAAGCAAUUGCUUCAGAUGUGUGUAAACACAUACUCUGAACAAGAAGCACUUUAUUCGGAAGCACACAAAGUACAGUCCUGGGCUGUUUUUUUGUUUUUUUUUAAAGAACACAAAGAAUUGAAAGUCUUUGGAUUAACUAGUUUGGUGUCAUUUAAAAAAAAAUCUGAAAUGUCAGGAGGUGAGGACUUCGGACAAGUUAAAAGCUGGGAGGUCAUUAAUUCCAAACCUGACUACAGGCCCAGAAUAAACCAAUGUAUUGCAGAUGCAUUGGUGAAUUUAUUUGUAUUUCUUCAAGAAAUGUCACAUUUCAAAGAGAAAAACCCUGGCAAGUUCUGCCUUUUGAUCUGCAGUUUGUGUACUUUUUUCACUAUCGUGGGUAGUUACAUUCCAGGAGUUGUACUUUCCUACUUUCUAUUACUGUGUGCCUUUUUAUGUCCACUGUUCAAGUGCAAUGAACUUGGGCAGAAGAUAUACAGCAAAAUCAAGUCAGUUUUGCUAAAACUGGAUUUUGGAAUUGGGGACUAUAUCAACCAAAAAAAGAGAGAGAGAUCUGAAACUGCAAAACCAAAGUCCACAGAAGAUGACAGUGAAUUAGACAUAUCAGCCCUGUGUCCUAAGAUUAGUCCUACGGUUGUUGCCAAAGAGCUAUCGGUAUCUGAUACGGAUGUAUCAGAAGUAUCUUGGACUGAUAAUGGGACCUUUAAUUUAUCUGAGGGAUACACUCCACAGACAGACACAUCUGAUGAUUUUGACCGACCUAGUGAUCAUGAAGAAGCUUUUGCCAGAGAUCUUGCAGAAUUUCCUUCUUUAGAAAAUGGAGUAGGAACAAACGAUGAUGAUGACUCAAGCAUUGGCAUGCCUAUCCAACAGAAGAGAAAAAGGGAACAGAUGCCUUCCAAGGUGGCUCAUUCUCCUAGACAGAGGAAAGAGAGGCAAUCUGCCACAGGCCUUUCUCUGCCUUUGACCAGUGACCAAACCUUUAACUUAGUGAGUGGUAUUGCUGGUGAUGUUAUAGCAGCUGCAGUGUCUGCUGCCAUCAAAGACCAGUUGCAGUCCACACAGCGAGCAGCACCCUCACAGGUUCCCAGUUUGAGUGAAGAGACAGACACAGAAGAAGCUGAUGAUUUUGAACUGCUUGACCAAUCAGAGCUUGAGCAGAUUGAGAGUGAACUGGGGCUUACACAAGGCCAAGAAGAAAAGACACAGGAAAAAAAGAAAUCUUCAGGCUUCCUUUCAAAUCUGCUUGGAGGUCAUUAACCUGGAAAUUGGAGCUAGUAUCAUAGCAGAAGUGAAACUAAAAAAUGCAAAAAUAAAAAAAUAAAAAGGAAAAUGCUGAGCUGUAAGCUUUUAUCUAUUACUUCAGAUGUGUGUAAUCAUUUCCCUUAUGCAGAAUGAAUUAAUUGCACAUGUAUAAGCUGACUCUGUAGGUUAAUGUUUUUGAUAGUUAUGCCUCAAUGUAGUAGCAUGAUAAGGAAGCAUAUAGACAUUCUUUGGUCACUGAUGUGUUAGAGGUUAGUUAUUUAAGAAAAAAAUUGAAUUGCCAAAUCUUGAUUUUGGGGUCCUCAGCCAAAUUUGCUCCAUCUUCAUUUUGUUUACACUUAAUUUUCAACUAUCCAUAGUAGUUAACCAUAUGUACAGUGAAAAGAAAUAAUUAAUAGGAUGCAGUGAGAUUAGCAAAAUCUUCUUAUCUGUCCUGAUUAUAAUGAAUCACCUAGAUCAUUAUGGUUUGUGUGUGACAUUUGGUGUCAAUGAACACUUAAUUCAAUAUAAACUCCUAGCUUAAGGAUGUGUAGAACACCAUCAAAAUUAACAAAAAUUGUAUUGAGUUUGUAAACUUUCAAAUACCUUUUUGGUAGGCUGAUACAUUUCCAUGUUAUCUUUGAUAUUUUAGGCUUCUAGAGUUAUGAAAUGGCAUGCUACUAAAUUGACUGCUUGAUGUAUCCUCUGCUAGAGUCUGGUACUGGUUAGUACUAUCCAUAAAAGUAAGACAAAAACAAUGUUAUACUUGAGAUUAUGAAUAUCAUGUAAACUAAAGGGUUUUUUUUUUUAUUUUUGGGGGGCUAGGUAAACCAAAAAUAUUCAAGGUGAACAGAGAGGCUUUUUAUAUGCCAAUUCCUAUUGUAAAGGUUCUGUUUUUCUUGUGAGAUAGCUGCCAUCACUGAUAAUUAGUCAUUAGAGAGCUAUUCUUUAGUCUAUAUCUGGAGUUCAUUGAGGCCAGAUGUUUCUGUUUCUUUUAUAACUUCUUGGCAUACAAUUAAAGGAGGAAAUUGUUUAAAAAUAUUUGUAAUUUUUAACUCCAUAUAUACUGAAACUGGAUUGGGUAACUUACUCAGUUUUUUCAAGAUUUUUGGCUCACCUUUAAACAAAGGUAAAAGGUAAACAAAGAUAAAUAGGAAGAAGUAAAGCUAGUUUUAUUAAUGUGCUGUAAAUUGUUAACAGGGUUGAGGGACCAUGUCAGCUGUUUUCACUGGUCUUUACGUGAUCUCCUAUUUGCUGGCAUUUUAACAGGUGAAUGUUGUUAUCUAGGACCGUUGGAAAGAACAGACCAAGCUUAUCAAGGUCAGCUUUUCUUCCAUAAUAAAAUAUUUUUAGGAAAAAAACUUGUUUCAAAGUAGCACAAUUUUACAUUUGAUUUUCUUUCUAAGGCAUUUAAAAGCUAGACAGAUUGCCAAAAAGUUUUAGGUAAAGGAAAGCUGUUCAAGACUGUUGACACUAGCUUUAUUGUUGCUUGUGCUUGUGUGUCAGUAAUGCAUAUUUAACUGUGUUUGCUGUCCUUUAUCAGUACAAAAGUGAGCCUGUGCCUUCAUUAUCUAAACCAUCCUGAAACAAGUGAAAACUGGAUACAGAGCCCACAAAAUGUAGUUUAAAUUACAGCAUCCUGACAUUUAAUGCAAGUUUCUGAAAAAUACAUACAACAGAGCCACAUAUUUUAUACAGUGUUAGCUGUUAAAUGUUGUGUAUGACUUUCCCCACCCUGUUCAUCUCCAUUUAAUAACCAAAUAAAAACAAAGGCAGUGGCCACGAAAUUAGUGAGUAUAAAAGCCAUUUCAAUUUCUCAGAUGAAUGAAGAACACUGUUUCCUUAAUGCGUAUUUAAGACAAUCUGCAUAGUCAGAAGUUGCAAGUCACCGCUGAAGCUUUACAGAACAUCUUGACAAUAGUAUGCUUCCCUUGGGUGAUGAUACAAGUAUCAAGAAGCUUAAUAAGUUUCAACCCAGAAACUGGAUGGGCAUUGGCUGGCGGGGGAGGUUUAAACAAGACUGAUAAGGCAUGCUAGCUUGGUGUUGAUGGUGUCAUUGUAACAGUGUGCACUUUAUUGUUUUCUGAAGAAUAUUUGUGGUUACAAAAACUAUAUAAAACAGGGGCACUCGUAUAUAAAUGCAAAUUACAUCAAGGAUGAAAAGUAGUUGCAUGAGGAGCUGCUCAGACUUUUUGUAAAUGAUUCAUUUUCUGGUUUCAGGAUAGAAAAGUAAAUAAAUUUGACUAUGAGUUAGUGUAGAAUAAGUUCUGCACUGUCUAUAAUGAAGCCAGUCAAACCAAAGCAGAAUACGGAACAUAUUGAAAUGUGGAAGCACAAUUGAUCAUUAGCCUGUGUUUGGCUUUUUAAAAUAUUUUACGCUUUUGUUUUUACAGUGGUUAAUUAUACUUUAACUUUCUGUUCAAGACCCCAAAUACUGCAGGAUUAGAAGACUACUUUAAAAAAUUAAUAGUAGUUGGUAUUACUCUUUAAAUUACUGAGGGCUGCUCUUUAUAGCAUAUCCUGUCAUAUUUAUUAGUGUCGGAUUGACCUAUAAAAUCAUAGAAUCAUAUAUCACUAGAACUGGAAAGGACCUCAUCAUCAAGUCCAGUCCCCUGCCCUCACGGCAGGACCAAGCACCAUUAGAUCAGGGUGGGGAAAGGGCCUCCACGGGCCAGAUCCGGCCCACCAAUUGGGUUGAUCCAGCCCGCAGAGGCCCUGCCGCUCCCCUACUCCCAGGCCAAUUAGGACCUGGAGUCGGGGAAAGCGCACAAAGUUUCAUCUGUCCUGCCAGGAGCACGUAGCAAUUUGAAGUGCCACAAGCUCCUGGCAGGGCGGGAGGAGACUUCACAUGCUCCCCUGCCCU